AUAUAUACACACGUAGUAUGUAACUGUUAGCUAACGCCAUACUCAAUACGUCUCUCUGAAAACAGAUCUUUCGUCCAUUUCUCUCUCUCAAAAUGGACCUCGCCUGCACCGUCCCUUCUUCUUCUUCUUCCUCUUCCUCCGUUUCAUCAAUCGACACGAGCCACGACUGCGACUCGCCGCGCGGCGGAGACGCAGAUCACGAACUGCUCCACGCGGGGGUUUCGGUUUCUGUUUCUUCCUCGUCGUCUUCCGCCUCGAUUCAGAGAAUCCUCGGUUUGAUCCGAUCUGAGGAUCCGGAUUCGAGGCUGUUCGCAGCUGGAGAGAUCCGUCGGCUGACGAAGACGUCGCAUAGGUGCCGCCGACACUUUUCGCAGGCCGUCGAGCCGCUAGUUUCGAUGCUGACGUUAUUAGACUCGCCUGAAUCGCACCACGAGGCGGCUCUGCUUGCUCUCCUUAACCUCGCCGUUAAAUACGAGAAGAACAAGGUGAGCAUAGUUGAAGCCGGUGCUUUAGAGCCAAUCAUGAACUUCUUACAAUCUAACAGACCAACACUUCAAGAAUACGCUUCUGCAUCUCUGCUCACACUCUCCGCAUCCGCUACCAACAAACCCAUCAUUGGAGCUAACGGAGUGAUUCCACUACUAGUCAAAGUCAUUAAACACGGAAGCCCACAAGCUAAAGCUGAUGCAGUCAUGGCACUCUCCAACCUCUCCACGCUCUCCACUAACCUAACCACGAUCCUAGCGACCAAACCACUCUCGCCGAUUCUGAAUCUCCUCAAAACAAGUAAAAAAUCGUCGAAAACAUCUGAGAAAUGCUGUUCCCUGAUAGAGUCCUUGAUGGUUUCUAACGAGGAAGCGAGAACGGGUUUAGUCUCAGAUGAAGGAGGAGUGUUGGCAGUGGUGGAAGUUCUUGAAAACGGGUCACUACAAGCUAAGGAGCACGCCGUUGGUGUGCUAUUAACACUGUGCCAAAGCGAUAGGAGUAAAUACAGAGAGCCGAUUCUCAGAGAAGGUGUAAUACCGGGACUCCUUGAGCUCACGGUUCAAGGGACAUCGAAGUCUCGUACCAAAGCACAAAGGCUUCUCUGUUUGCUAAGGGACUCGGAUAGCUCGAGAUCAGAGGUUCAACCGGAUACAAUAGAGAACAUAGUGUCGAGCUUAAUCUCUCAUAUAGACGGAGAUGAUCAGUCUGGUAAGGCGAAGAAGAUGUUGGCUGAGAUGGUGCAAGUUAGCAUGGAGAAGAGCUUGAGACAUUUGCAAGAACGUGCUUCCACUCUUGUCCGUCCCUAAGGGUGAUGAAAAGAUUGAAGGAUGCAUUAUAUAUGCCAGUCCAGUGCCGGCGUUUUGGUUCUUAGUGACUGGUUUGUUUCUUUUUUACUCAAAAGUGUUCAUAAUAAAAAGCUCUUUGUAAGUUGAAAAGUCUUUGGUACAUUUCUAUAGAAACGUUUUGUUUUUUAACUUCUAAAAAGUUUCAAUGUACAGUAUGUUGUUGAGCCA